AUGAGUAAAUCGGCUGGUGAUGAAGAUAUGGAAUGUUGUAACGAACAUGAAAAACCUUUAUUAUUGACAAUCAGAGGCAGACUUUACGAUGUGGCAUUAUUUGCACGUAAACAUCCUGGUGGAAUGAAAGUAUUGCGAAGAGUCGCUGGAGAAGAGGCGGAUGGGUAUAUGGACGGUGAGACGCGUAUUAUGGGUGUUAAGCAUCGACAUUCGGAGGCAGCUUACCAAAUGCUUGAGAAAUACGCGCUUGAUAAGUGCUUCAAGAGCGAAGACAAUCUAUUGAAUGGUGAUGCAAUGUUGCUAAGAGUGGGUGAUUUACAUGACAAGUAUUGGACAUGGAUUCAUCAGCCGUAUGAAGGCUCGCUGCGCUUGUUCGGUUCGGAUGUACUCGAAAUGAUGACCCGAACAAGUUGGUGGAUUGUACCGCUGAUAUGGUUACCACUCGUUCUAUUCUUUACCAUUCGUGCGUUUGGACUUCUGUUCAAUCUGUACGGUUUCUCACAAGGACUGGUCGUCUGGGCUAUUUACUUCAGUUUGGGUGUUCUAGCGUGGACAUUACUCGAAUAUAUUCUACAUAGAUUUGCGUUUCAUUGGCAACCGAAUCCAAAGUCAUCAAAUCAAAUACUUUUUCAUUUCUUACUUCACGGUCUCCAUCAUAAAACUCCAAUGGAUGGCGACCGGUUGGUAUUUCCACCGGUACCUGCGUUGCCAAUCGUGCUUUUCUUUUACGUCCUUUAUAUAAAUAUACUACCAUAUCAUGUUUUUUGUUGCUUCGCUGCCGGUAAACUGUUCGGCUAUGUGGUUUAUGACGUGACGCAUUACUAUUUACAUCACGGUAAUCCACGUCCGCUGACAAAUCUUCACUUUCGUAAAGUUUAUCAUCAUAAUCAUCACUUCAAGGACUUCGACCUAGCAUUCGGCAUCUCAACUGUGAUAUGGGAUCAUGUUUUCCAUACGGUCGGAAUGGGACCAUUAUGA